AAUUUUAAAGUGGGUUCUCUUGUAUCUGGUUUCUUUUGCUUACCUUAAGUCAAGCUGCUCAGUAACAGCCUGACAAGACUUUGAAGUCUGACUUGGCAGUGGGGUCUGGCUUUGGUGAAUGGAAAUCUCCAUCACCAGAAGAAAUGAGAGAAACAUAAGCCACUGUGAGCUUCCUGUUCUCUACCUACAGAUGUUCUGUUUAAAGAUUUACUGGCCAGAUGUCACCACCUUCGGCCUCCCUGAAAUCCUCCCAGCAUAUAGAGCUGCUUCUACGUCCCUCAGACUCCCUCUACUCAACCUGACCUCAGAGCUUGUCAAUCUGACCUCUCUUCUCUACUGGCCUCCUACUCCGGGCGAUCCGAGGGAUUUUCUGGCCUCUACUAGCCCCCAGACCUCCACUUACCACCUGAGAAACCGUGCUAAGGACAGCUAUGCCAUGGGCGGCUUCCUGGAGGUCAUCCUGGUAGCCAGAGACCACAAGGGCCGGCCCAAACACUAUGGUGGGGACUUGUUCCGGGCUCAGCUGUUGGGUCCAGACUUGAAGGCAGCAGCCCCGGGGGAAGUUGAGGACCUGAAGAAUGGGGUUUACCUGCUGACCUUCCCCCUGCUCUGGGCUGGCCAGGCCUCCGUGCACGUGCGGCUGAUUCACUCCAGCGAGGCUGUGGGAGUUCUACGGAGAGUCUGGAGGGAGAAAAGGGCCACUGUGGACUUCAAAGGCUAUUUCCGUGGACUGUCGGGACACGAAGAGGUUGUGACUUGCAACGUGGACCCCCAAUCGACUAACGCAAAGGGGCCUGUGUGCCAGUACACAGAUGUGGACACGGGGGAGCCCUGGUUUUGUGCCCGUCCCCCAACUCUGCCUUGCGAUGCUUUAGUUGGACAUUCUUCUGGGAGUUACUGGACUGUGACCACACCACAGGAAAAUGCCCUUCUGGACUGGAAAGUGACAGACAAAGUGCUUCCUCAAGGCGUGCACCCCAUCCGGGUCAGAGAAACUGACAGAGACAAGAGCAGCAGGGUUCUGGCCCCACGUCAUCGUUGUCUCCCGGGACUCCCAGCUUCCAAGCCUGCUGGCUUCUACUAUAAAGAUGUGUGGUACUCGUUGUCCUGCUCCAGCCACUCCUUCUCCUCUGCCGACAGCAUCCUGGGCUGCCUGGCCGGCCAUGAGGUGCACAUGAUAGGGGAUUCAACGCUGCGCCAGUGGUGGGAGUAUCUGCGGGACACAGUGCCCUCCUUGAAGCCGGUGGAUCUUCAUGUCACCUACCAGACGGGGCCCCUGAUGGCAGUGGACGCGGCGAGGGCCAUCGUGCUGCACUGGCGGGCUCACAAGUGGCCUCUUCGCUCUCUACGCACCCCUGUAGCCUCCCUGCACUCGGUGGCCCGGGAGCUGGGGGGCCUGGCAGGCGGACCCCACACUGUGGUGGUGCUGGGCUUGGGCGCCCAUUUCACCACCUUCUCACCGUCCAUCUUCACACGGCGCCUGGAGGGGAUCAGGGCGGCCGUGGUUGCACUGCUGGCACGGGAGCCCAGCACACUGGUGGUCAUCAAACUGGCCAACACAGGCUACAAGUCUGUGUACGGCAGUGACUGGUUCACGCUGCUGCUGAACCGACUCCUGCGCACUGCCUUCCGCCACCUUCCUGUGGCCUUCGUGGACGCCUGGGCCAUGACUUCCAGUCUGGCUCUGCCCGAUAACAUCCACCCAGACAAGCUCAUUGUGCGUAAUGAGGUGGACAUGCUUCUGUCCUUCAUCUGCCCGUCCUAGGGCAGCAGCCACCA